AGCCAGGUUGGACUGGACUGAUUUAGACUGCUCUCCUACAAAGCCAUGUUGCUGUGGUCAGUAUGGAGUGCAAUAUUACUACUGACCCCGCUGGAGGCCGCAGAGGAGGACGACGUCCAAGCAGGCUGCAGCACAGCUGUAAAUGACUUGGUCUAUAUUGUUGAUGGCUCAUGGAGUGUUGGCUUCUCUGACUUUGACACGGCCAAGCAGUGGCUCAUCAACAUCACCAGCCAGUUUGACAUCAGUUCCCACUACACGCAGGUGGCUGUUAUCCAGUACAGUGACACUCCUCGUCUGGAGAUUCCUCUGGGGAAACAGCAGAGUGUAGCAGAGCUCAUCCAGGCUAUACAGAGCAUCAUCUACCUGGGAGGAAACACACAGACUGGCAGGGCCAUCAAGUUUGCUGUGGACCAUGUGUUCUCCUCCUCCCCAAGAGGCAGCCAGGUCAAGAACCGCAUUGCUGUGGUGGUUACUGAUGGCAAAUCUCAAGAUGACGUGGUGGAUGCCAGUAUGGAGGCACGAGCUCAGGGCAUUACAGUAUUCGCUGUUGGAGUCGGCAGCGAGAUCACCACCUCAGAACUGGUAUCCAUCGCCAAUAAACCAUCAUCUGCCUAUGUACUGUAUGCCGAAGAUUACACCACCAUUGACCGUAUCCGAGACUCCAUGGAGCAAAAACUCUGUGAAGAGUCUGUGUGUCCAACACGAAUCCCUGUGGCAUCUCGUGAUGAGAGAGGCUUUGAGCUGAUGUUGGGCAUGAAGGUUGAGAUGAAAGCCAAGAAGAUCUCUGGCUCUCUGGUUUCUGAGACUGCCUACACUCUGACUGCCUCCACAGACAUUACUGAGCAUACCAGAGAGAUUUUCCCAGAGGGCCUUCCUCCAUCGUAUGUGUUUGUAGCCACUCUGCGAUUAAAGGGGUCUUCUAGCAAGCUGACCUUUGACCUUUGGAGGGUGUUGUCUAAAGAUAGGAAGAUCCAGGCUGCUGUGACACUAAACGGAAAGGACAAAACUGUCAUCUUCACCACCACCAGUACGACAGAAAAUGAGCAGAGACUCAUCUUUAAAGCUGGCUUUCAGACUCUGUUUGAUGGAAAGUGGCAUCAGCUCAAACUCCUGGUGAGGCCACUGCAGGUCACCAGUUUCCUUGAUGAUCAACUCAUCCAUGAAGUGAAGCUAGAACCGGUGGAACCUAUUUACAUCAACGGGCGGACACAGUUGGCUAAGAGGCAAGGAACAGACAUCACUGUUCCGGUGGACAUCCAGAAGCUACGUUUGUAUUGUGACCCUCAUCAGAGCGAGAGGGAAACAGCUUGUGAGAUCUACUCUGUGGACGACGAAAGAUGUCCUCUGAAUCGAAUAGCAACAGAGGAGGAAGCAGACUGCAACUGUGUGGUCGGACCACCAGGACAGCGUGGCCUGCCGGGACGCAUGGGUUUCCGAGGAGAGAAAGGGAGGGAAGGACCACCAGGACCUGAUGGUAAGCCUGGUAAAGAUGGGAAGCCUGGGGUAUCCGGGCCUCUUGGAUUACCAGGGUUGAAGGGUGAUCAUGGACCAGCAGGACCAAAAGGAGAGCCUGGUCUAAAAGGUAACACGGGAGACAGAGGGGAACCAGGUUUACCAGGAGAGCCAGGACCACCGGGAGCCAAGGGUCUUCCUGGUGAGAGAGGAGAGCCGGGACCCCCAGGAGAAGUUGGACCGAUGGGGGAUCCAGGACUACCAGGCAUCAGCGGACUGGUUGGGCCAAUAGGACUAAAGGGAGAGAAGGGAGAAACUGGGCUGACUGGUGCUGCUGGAGCUCGAGGUGCCCCGGGUGCCCAGGGACCUCCUGGUGAAGCAGGCCCAAAGGGACCUCAGGGAGAAGUAGGGUUGCCUGGGCCACAAGGACCUCCAGGAAUAAACGGAAUACUGGGAAUCCAGGGGCCCCGGGGGCCGCCCGGAGAGAUCGGCCGAGAUGGUCCCAAGGGUAAUCGUGGAGAUCCAGGUGUUGCUGGUCCUUUAGGUCCACCAGGCCAGAAGGGCUCAACAGGUGAGCCAGGCUUUCCAGGGUUGCCGGGUGCUAUGGGGCUGCCGGGGUUCAAAGGUCACAAGGGAGAGAGAGGAGAGACAGGCCCUAAAGGAUCCCAGGGGGAGCAAGGCAGAGAUGGAGAUCCAGGGACUCCCGGUGUCAAUGGCGAAGUGGGACCCAGGGGAAGUAAAGGAGAGAAAGGAUUGACAGGUGACGUAGGCCCCAGGGGAGCUGAAGGAAAGAAAGGGGACAUGGGCCAUGUGGGUUCUGUUGGUCCCAGGGGAUUUCCUGGUCAGGAUGGGAUGCCAGGCCAACCAGGCCAACCUGGAUAUCCUGGGAAACCUGGCAAGCCUCCCUCAGAUGAACAUCUUAUUAAGCUCUGCACUGAUGUUCUGCGUAAUCAACUUCCAGCAUUGCUUCAGACCCUCGCCCCCCCAGCUACCUGUGAACCGUGCCAGAGCAUGAAAGGACCCCCAGGCCAGCCAGGAGCACCAGGACCCAAAGGCUCCAUGGGGACUCCAGGCUACCCUGGCAGGAAUGGCAGUCCUGGUUACCCAGGACGUCCUGGCAUGCAGGGUCCUGCAGGCCUCAAAGGUGACAUGGGUCCAAGAGGUCUCAAAGGCAGCAAAGGAGAAGGUUAUCAUGGACCUCCAGGACCACCUGGACAGCCAGGAAUUCAGGGUCCUCGUGGCUUUGAUGGAAUUGGCCAUCCAGGCAAUCAGGGAAUUCCAGGAAAACCAGGACCUCCAGGAGAUCCUGGUAAACGGGGUAAUCCAGGGCUUCCAGGAAUUUGUGAUGUUUCCAUGUGCUAUCAGACAUACAACCUCAGGGAACAUUACAGCAAAGGACCCAAUGUCUGAUGACAAAGCAACGUAGGAGAGGCUGCUGUUAACUUAAAAGUGUUUCGAGGAAGCGAUUUACUGUAUCACUGAUUUCCAGAAAAGUGUUUGACUGUUGAUUUGUUUAUGACAAAAUGUGUUUGGAGAACAGCUGCACAGGGAGCAGAAACAACCUCAAGUUAAACAGAAAUGGGCGGGGCAUUGAUUCAUGAUUAUGUAAUUCAUGAUUACGACAUCAUCAUCCUGCGGAUAGCGACAUAGCUCACUGAGAUACCAGUAUACUUUACAUUUUAAACUUGCACAGUCUGAAUAUCAGGUUUAAAUAGUGAGAACUGAGUUUGUUGGUAUUUUUGAAACUUGCAAGAGAACUUCAAAAUCACAUUGAAAAUAGCUACCUCCUCUUUAUGUUUAAGUCAAUAUUACUGAAGGCUUUGCUAACAAGACAGGAGUCCAACAGGCUAACCUCACCAGCAAGUUUCAACACAACACGCUUGCACAGAAAACAGACAAAUCCCAGACAAAUACCAAUGAGUAAAAUUCAAAUAAGUCCUAAUAUAUUUUAAUGAAGCUCAAGAAAACCGUGGGCUUUCUGUGGGCUAAUGCGGCAAAGAAGUUACUAGGUUGAAUCUGAGCUCUAAUACUGAUGACCAAGCAAAAUUAGUAAUUAAAGUCUUCUUAAAUUACUUAGUAAUUAUUAAUUUAUUCCAGAAUAUGAUAAUAAAAUGCAGUUAUAUGCAGUUUUUUUUUUAACAGUAGUGAACCCGAAUCAGCUCUCAUGCUGUGCUUGAAAGCUGUGCUUCUCCUGGCUUCACCAAUGAGGUUUAUAUCAACCGGGGAGAUUAUUUCUGACUUCAGUGCACUUCUGCCUCAGAGAAAUGAUUGUAUCUGCAAAUUAUGUGAAAAGUACAGUACAUUCCUUGACCAUGAAUUGAAAUAUGUAUAUCCCAUUCCCAAAGAAUGGGACAUAUUUUCACAUUUCCAUGAUUAACUUGUGAAAGGUUAGGUAGCAGGAUAUUUGUUCUAAAUAGAAUCUAAAAAAAAAUUCAAAAGUUCAAGUUCAUGAGAAAAUCUCACAGUUGAAAUCACUCCAAGCACAACAUUAGUUUGCAGUGCACAAUUCACUGUCAGCCUGCUUCUUGUGCAUCCUACGUGUAAUCCCUUCUGGUGAAAAAACACAUUUCUAUCACCUUUUGUGAACGGAGCACCAGGGCUUGCGCUAAUCCAUCACUGUGACACACAGAGCUGUAAGAAUCCCGUCACUGUCUGUUUUUACCUAUUAUAUUUGUUUUCCUGUUUAUCAAUAUUAUAUACACUUCUUUUGCAUUGCUUUUCUGUGUGUGGAUUACCGUAAAUUCUUAAAUAAUGGCCUUUAUUUACCUCACCUGCAAAUUUAUGCCGGCUUGACAGGCAUUCAUUUCUGAUAUCGCUGUUUUGUAAAUAUAACUUCCCUUCUUUAAGUAAGAAGCCUGCCUGUUUCUUGAUCUGCUCCCAUUUUAAUUUGCUGUUAAAGCUGUUUGCUGUUGGAAACUCAGAAUGUCUAUUUUACCUGUCAUGAUGAAUUCAGUAUAAUUUAAUUUUCACAGUACUAAUAGCUGAUUUCAAUUUUGAGCACUGUUAAUUUACCAUCAAUUAAACUGUACCUGCACUGAUGUUUUACAUUAAAAACCUCAAAGGGUUUAAUUUAUAAUAUUCCUGACAGCCUUUUUAAAUUGGCUUUUAAUCAGACAUCUGCAAGAAGUCUAGAGUUUCACUGAGGAUAAUCCUAAACACACUUGCAAACACAGAGUAGUACUGAUUGGAAAUAAUAGGUGAAUAAAAUAAAAAUCUCAUAGAAAGAGAAACUCAGAGCAGCCGAGACAUGACUAUAUUCCAUUACUCAAUAACUGGUCUUUAUCUGAGGAUUUAUGGCAUACCAACCACAAAAAUCUUUUGUAUUGAGUGUAACUUUGAUGAAUAUUGACAUGCCACUUUGCAGCUUUCCAACAGUAAACCACCUUGACAGUGAGACAUGAUUUUCAGACAUUUAUGAGGUGGAGCUUAGGAACGCAAGGCGCUUAAAGAGCAGUUUAGAUUCCUCAGAUGUACAAAUUUUCUUAUUCAGUUCAGCAGUUGUGUUCCCUGCUUAUUUCUUAGUGUGCAUUUAUUUUUACCCACUAUUUGACUAUAUGUUUGACCUUGUUAACUUUUGUUAAGUUAUACAGUAUACCCACAAUGUGACUGCAUGGAUUACCUUUAUAAUUAUUUGUAAAUGCUUAUUUGUUAGAGAAAAUUUCACAACUCCUGGGGCCCAUAGCUUAGACGUAUGCUGUAGAAUCUCCUUUUACAGAGUAUAACUAAUGUUUUAUUUCAUGUAGGUUUUGCUCUCCAAGGCUACCCAUUGAGAGAUAAGUGCAAAGCACAAUAUGGGCCAUUCCCCAAUUGGUUCAUCCAGUUCCCAUAAACACCAUUACACACCCACUUCAUGAGAAUCGAUAAGUAGUUCAUAACUCUCCAAUGCAUCAUAGCAUAAUGACACAUCACGGUACAUCAUGUGGACACAGAUGGGACAAACAGAGUACAAUAUCUGAUCAUUAGAAUAAAACUGGUAAUUAACAUUAAAAGUUCGGCUGUAAGAGGCUGAGACAAUGGUUACACACUGUAACAGGAACGAAGCAGCUUUCCAUGUGCCAAUGCACCAUAACAACUGUUUUUGUGGAUAACAGUUUAAUCAGGACUUGAUCCAAAGGUUCAAAAAGGGUUUUAAUUAGUACUUCUGACACCAAAGAUAAAUCCCACUGAAGGCCUAAAGAGCACGUCACCGGCCGCUGCCUCCACACACCCCUCAAGAAAAUUUUCUUCAGUGGGUGAUUAAAUGCUGAUUUGUCACUGAAAGCCUCUAGACAGGAUGAGAUAGCAGAAGCAUACAUUUUAACCACAUCAAAGCACAUGAGACAGGGAGCAUGCAGUGAGGCACACCAUAGCUAAAACGUGGACCAUUUAGCCAUACAAUGUCAUGGUGGAAGCGACUCUGGCGCUCUCAGACUCUGCCCAAUCAUAAUUCCUGAUUGCUCCCUUUGCCUAGGAGAACCCAUCCCUGCAACAUAGGAGUUUCGAUGACUGGCCUGACAGUAACUGCUGUAGGCACAACCAUGAUGGUAUCAGAAUCACUGCACUGCACUCAGUCACUCAGCUGUUUGAUCAAAGGGAGCAGUGAAAAGGCAUGAAGCAACAGCCAAUGUCCAAAUGAGUUUGAUCCCAUGGGAUGAAUGUCCGGAUCACUUUCAGUGGAGUGCCCAUUGUGUGUUGCUCUGUGUGGCAAACAGAUCCACUGCGGCUUUGUUCAACCUUGCCCAUGUGGACGAGGCUCUGGUCCCACUGCUGAGGCCCUCGGCCUUCAUAACGUGUGUUGCUGUGUUUAACUUACAAUAUACACUGAGGGAGAGUAAGUGUAUGCGCACAUCUGUGUGUGUGUCCAGUGCAGCAGGCAUCUGGCUAAGCUGAGAAGCUGAGCUGAGUGCACUUCUCCUUGGCAAUUUAAGUAAGCUGCUGCUGCUUUGUUGUUUCUGUGCGCAGCAGUGUUUAGGAGAAGGCUCAGAAACCGCAUGGAGACAAGCUCUCAAUCACAUAUAGCACAGAUGGUAACAUAAGUCAGCUGUCUGCAUUUGAGGUGGCAGUGUGUUAUAAAAAAUGUGUGGGGAGGAAGGCUCUGGAUGUGUUUAAGAGUGAAUGUGACACUUUGGUUGAAUGGGUCUGUGUCACGUAAUACCUGAAAAGCUAGAUGCAGCCAACUUAUACAGUAUGACAGAUAUUCGUGAGACAGCUACAGCUGAAUCAGAAGAGUCAAAGGCAAAUUGUCCUUUAAAAGAAAACUGCUCUUUAGAGGAUGUUGGUUUGCUUUAAUGUAAAACUGUUUGAGCCACCAGCCAUCAUCUUUGGUGGCAGGUGCAAUGGGGCACCCGGGAAUCCCACUGAAAUAGUGGUCCCCCCAGUGAUCCAAGGAGAACUGGGGCCACAUGGUAGGCUGGGACAAGGCUACAUGUCUCCUAAAGUCUUCUGAUGCCAUCAUCAGUUGGUUCACCAAUGAAUGGAAUUGGGGGCCGUCUGGGCUGAUGGGGUGUCCAAAAGCUCCCUCUUCACUGCUGUGAUGUGUGCAAUUGAGACGACAAUGGAGGCACGCUGGGUCAGAAUGGCACUGGAAGCCUUGUUAAUCGCAAAAUCAGUCUUCAGGAGGCAAGACAUCUGGUUGAGUAGCCAUACUUUUCAUGAGGUAAGCCAGCAGGCAGAUGUUGAUGGCCACCACCAGUGUGUGGAAGGGGCAUUAAGAGGGUCACUGAUACUGGUAGCCAUCUGAUCUCCGGUGAAGAGAAGGGCUAGUGGUCAUCCAACUGUUGGUGGCAUCUUCAUGGAAGAAACUUCAUGUUCAUGUCAUCUUGGGGGCCUGAAGCCUGAAGAAGGCAAGCAUAGUACAGGUAGACAAGUGCGGACACUACUGAAAUAUAUAGUUAAGGGCUACUCAGUUUCUGUCUCUCACAGAUGAAUUUAUACACACAGUGAGACUGAAGUUGGGCCUAUAUAAUAAAUGGGUGCGAAGCAAAAGUCUUCAGUGCAAUGCGAAUGAGGGAUCAACUCAUCAGUGAUACCUUUAGAGGGCAAAGCCUGUACAAAAUAGAACAGCUGUGUGUUCAGUCACAUCAGCUAUGUGGAGAAAUGACACACCGAUGGGAACAGGUGCACGAAUAUGGAUUUAGAGCAUCUAUUUUGAAUCCAGGUAGAGGGAUUUAGCAACAUUAAGCUGCUACAGUAAUCAUAUUGGCUGUUACAGGCAGCAAACAAUAAGCAUACAGCAACAGGAAUAACUAGUAAAAAAUAAAUAAAUAAAUAAAUAAAUAAAAAAUAAAAUUGAAAGACUGCCAUGAGAGCCAAGAAGCACAAGAUAGUCAUCUUCAAAGUGACUCCGGUCCCAGUUUCCCAAGAAGAGAGACUUAUGCUUAUAAACAACAAGACAAACAUUUAAUCAGAAAACACAGCCAAAAACUUGGAAUCAUUCCAAUUUCCUUAUGUGCGUGAGAAAAGGAUUGGGAACGCUCUCUGGGGUUUAGACUUGAUGACAGUUUGCAAACAACUGUUUGUUGCUUUCAAACUGUAAAUUUUAACUUGUCAAAGGAAGCUAGGCAGGUUUUAACAUAUCAUUUCUGGAGUUGUUCGAGUCUUCACAAGCGGGAAGAUAUCGGUGUGCUGUAAGACAACAGUCUUCCUACUAUUUAUUAACAUUGUUUUUGAGUGCAUUCUUUUUGAAUUUUUGAUAAAAAGAUCAUUUUACUGUAUGAAGAUGUUCCCAACUUUGCUGUACAUUGUCAAAUUAUGCCUUGAGCUUCAAGCUUUUCACAUUCUUAAUUUGCACCAUUAUGUCAUUUAAAUGUUAAGUGCUGGAGUCAUUAAAAUAAUAAGGGUUCAUCCUUGGGGGAGUAAAUAUAUGAAUCCCAUUGCAAAAUGCGCAUUGUAUUGAAAUUUAUCUUGUGCACAAAGGUGUCUUUAGAUUAAAUGUUUUUAUGAUCAUGUUCAGGUGAGCUCAAACCUCUUGGGUAAGAUUAGGUAACUGCUUGUUUAAAGGAUUAUUACACAGACUUCACACAUGAAGUUCACUUUAUAUUUACAUGUUUUUUUGUGGCUCUGGGCGUAGCUUAUUAAAAUUCAAACAAUUCCGAUUAUGUAAUUGGUGUUCUUGGUGAUCUUGGCUUGAGAUAAAAUGUAUAAAAGAAAGCACGUUAGGUACUGGAGGUGUGCAUUUUGAAAGACAGGAGGCAAUUAAAAGGCUAGAUAGAUGUAAUAUUAGCUGCAUUACCGGCUAUAUCUGGACUUGGAGUAGGAGAAUCUAUAACAGAAUGACUGUCUUUAUAAAAGAUGCUAAUGGAUGCAUUUUGAGACAUGUAUGUUUCAGCAUUUUUUGAAAAUUAGAAAAGAAUUUGAAAUUUAGACAAGCUUAAAAUAAAAAUUAAAAACUAAAAAUCCAGAUACCUGAAUUUUGCCUCUUCAGUUUUGGCUAGUUUGGCAGUUUUCCAUUUUUAAUCUGCCUGGUAAUUUAAUCCAAAUUCACUGGAGCGUAUGUUCAAAGCAUAGUCUCUGAUGUUCAGUGGUUUAUGCCGCAUACAACCAACUAACUUUUGUAAAUACUUUCCAUAUUGACAUAUUUAUAAAGAAAGUAAAUAACAUAUAAACUUAUUGUUGCAGAGUUGCAACAGAUCACACCAAAGUUGCAGCAGAUCACACCAAAGUUGCAGCAGAUAACACCAAAUGUCAAUCCUUAACAGAGUUUUGUUUACAGAUGAAGACCAAACUUAUCAAAUUAGCAUUUUGCUCACCUGACAAAAUAUCCAAUAUAAAACCAAUAUAUCUUGGUGGUAUAUUGCACUGAUGCACUGAGUGUGGUGGCAGACAAGAAAAGAUCUUGGCCUAAAAGUCAAAGGUUUCGUAUACUCAACAACCCGCUUUGACUGGCUUCGUGCAGCACUCUAUCAUGCUACUUCUGCUUUUGCUACUAAGGAACUUCCUGUUUUUUUCUCACAUGUAACGCUGUGACUGGGUUAGAAAGGUGCAGCUGUGGUUGGUUUGAACACAGUAUCACUGGUACUUUGAAAUGUAUAUAUAUUUUAAUUGCAUUGUAAUCUGUCAUUUCUGAAUACUAAAGGUGUUAGUCUAUCGGUAACCAGAUGUAGACCAUAAUGUGUGAGUUAAUUUUCCAGUGCAGAUAGCAUCUUGAAAUGUCACCUUUGGCAUUUUGGGUUGAGUUUCACUAUGUAUUAAUUUACAGGGGUCAAAUGACAAACACUUAAUGAAAACACAUGUCUAUGUUUUGUAUUCGCAGUAUACUCCAAGAUGCAUCAAUUCAUAAUCCUUUCAAAGUUGAUAUUAUUUUUAAUAUCUGUUAGUGCUGGAAAAAUGCAAUGUUUACAAUGGUAUUUUGAUAUAUGUAUUUUGUACAAUUUGCAAAUCCAUUGCAUUAUUAGUUUAGUUGUGAAAUGUUUUCAUAUUAAAAUGAACCGUAAUUAUGUAACAUUGAUUUUUGAUUGUAAUAUUUUCAUGUAUAAAAUUUUGGUCCUGUCAGUAUCAUGAAGGUUUUGUUUGUAAAUAUAAAGGGUGGGU